AUGAGCAGCUCUCCGGAAGAAGAAUUUAUUAAAUUUAUGCACGGAUCGUGCGAAUAUAGACAAUUUAACAAGAGGAAAUAUAUGAACGCUUUGAGCGAAGCUAUCAAAGAUGGUGUUCAGCUUGACCUAGGAGCGAGAUUAAGCAUACUUAUAAACUAUUUCAGAGCUGGUAAGUGGUGUCAUGAUUGCCUAAAGUUUGUUUUGAGUCGUAUGCAGUGUGAAAUUAUUUUACCCAAAUAUGAACAUAAUUUUAAAUAUGAAUUUUAUCUAUGUCCCGAUUGUUUUAAAAUUACAAAGAGUUAUUUAGAAAUACAUAAUAAUUAA